AUGAUGCUGCUCGCCAAGGAGUUCGCCCUAUCGCCGCCGCCAGGGGUCGUGCCGCGCCGGAGGCCGCCGGCGAGGGUCGCUCCCACCGCCGCUCGAGGGGGUUCGCCGGUGCCCGACCUAUGGCUGCGGACCGCCGCCCCCGCGCCCGCUUCCGCCGCCGACGGCUUCGCCAGCAGCCACAGCCACGACGGCGACUGCGACCUGGCCAUGCUCGUCACCGACUUCCUUGAGAACGGGGCCGCCGCCGGGUCCGGAGACUCCCGCAAUAGCAGCGACAGCGAAUCCGGCCUCUCCGACCUCGCCCACCUCGCGGACACCAUCUCGAUGUUGAAGCAGGGUGGAGAUGAGAAAGAAAACGAGCUGCUCUCCAUGGUCCACUCGCUACUCCUCUCUAUCCAUGAGCUGCAGCUUCAGCCUUUCAAAAGAGGCCAAUGUGGUGGCAGCUGCAUCCGCCAUUUGCUUGUCAAGCUAUUGAGAUACUCGGGAAAUGAUGCAGCAGUUUGCGCAUCCAAAUGGCAGGGUUUUGACAAGAUCCCUGGAGGUGACUACGAGUACAUUGAUGUCAUAAUGCACGGUGAUACUACAGGUCCAGAGCGUCUAAUCGUUGAUAUCGAUUUCAGAAGCCACUUUGAAAUUGCCAGGGCAGUUGAUUCUUAUGGCACCUUGUUGAAUUCGCUCCCAGUGGUCUAUGUUGGCACCCUUCCGCGACUGAAGCAGUUCCUGCAUGUGAUGGUAGAUGCUGCAAAAUGGUCCCUGAAGCAAAACUCUAUGCCGCUUCCUCCCUGGAGAUCCUUGCCUUAUCUCCAAGCGAAAUGGCAGUCCAAGUAUGAGAGGAAAGAUUCCAUCACCGAGGGAGGCUUCCACAGCACAUCUACUGAUCACACACUGUGCAUUGGACACCUCAAGAGGCUGAAAACGUCCCUCCAGUUAGAGCUUGAGACCGCAGGAUUACUGAUGAUGCCAAUCAAGGCUGACAAGAAGAGGAUGCCAAAGCCAUCUGAGAGGCGGAGGCGGCGUUCCCUUCUCAGUUGUUGA